GACGUUUAUCCCUUUUGACACAUUUUCGUAUUUCCAAGAAAACUACUCAUACUCAAUUUUCUUAAAAACAUGAUACAUUUUGUACUUUGUAAUCUUUGUUUUGAACGACGAUGCCGGCUGGUAGUAGUAGUCUAAAAGGCGUAGACUGAACUAAGUGGGUGUGCGAUAUAAUUCUCUAUCCAGUUUAGCUUAUCGUUAUCUUUGUGGACAUAGCUAUUGAUGUAAUAUAAAUUGUUCUCAGAUAAUUUAAUUCGCCAAUAUUGAAACAACACUACCUAGCUGGUGAAAACAUGUGUAAAGUAUCCGAUUUUAAAAUCAACAAAACAAUUCAGUGCCUAAAAAAUAGUUGAGAAUUAACAAACCCAUUCCAAAAUGGGAAAUAAAAACAGUUGCUGUUCGUACUCUAGUCCUCAGAGUAAUCAUAGAGAAAGAGUGAUUAUUCCUAUAGAAGAGACUUUGCAUGAUGGUGAAAUUAGUACAAGUAAUUUACAGCAUAUCAGUGAAAGAGAAACUGAUGAUGGAGAGCUCGAUCCAUCACAAGAUCCAAUGGCAAAGACUAUAUUCAUUGAAAGAUCUAAAACUGCUAUAGAAAAUGGUAUGAUUAGAAGAAAAAGUCAACACCAAAUUGCAGAUUUGCGUCCCCUAAAAAAAAGCAGCUCAUGUUCAACAAUAUACUUAGAUGAUAGUACUGUCUCUCAACCAAAUUUGAAAAACACCGUGAAGUGUGUGGCAUUAGCCAUAUAUUAUCACAUUAAGAACAGGGAUUCUCAAAGGGAAAUUGAAAUUUUUGAUGAGAAGUUACAUCCGUUAACAAGGGAUGGUGUUAGUGAUGAUUAUGAUAAAUAUAAUCCUGAACACAAACAGAUUUAUAAGUUUGUGAGAACUUUAUUUAACGCUGCUCAGUUGACUGCUGAAUGUGCCAUUAUUACUUUAGUGUAUCUAGAGAGACUGUUAACUUAUGCUGAAUUAGAUAUCCAACCUUCAAAUUGGAAACGAAUAGUUUUAGGUGCAAUCUUAUUAGCUUCCAAAGUUUGGGACGAUCAAGCGGUAUGGAACGUCGACUACUGCCAAAUAUUAAAAGAUAUUACUGUGGAAGACAUGAACGAGCUAGAAAGACAAUUUCUAGAAUUACUCCAGUUCAAUAUAAAUGUACCGUCAAGUGUCUAUGCCAAAUACUAUUUCGAUUUACGUACAUUAGCAGAGGCAAACGAUCUGACAUUUCCUAGCGAACCUUUGAGUAUAGAAAGGGCGCAAAAGUUGGAAGCCAUGUCUAGGGUGAUGGCCGAUAAAUACACCCAAGAAGCUAUAAAGAACGGUUUGAAAAAAUGGUCAAGUUUGGACAAUCUCACAAACGGUACAGCGGCAAGGAGAUCGAUUGCUAUUUUAUCGUGAUUUAUAUUUUAUUGAUUCUUGAGAAGCAUUUGGGGCAUUUUACAAGUUUUUUAACGAACUCAUUUAGGGACCCAAGGUAUUUUUCAAAUAUUUAAUAGCAAAAUUUACACUUUAUAAUAUUGUUUCAAAAUGAGACCGUAAAAACAUAAUAUGAAAUUCAAUAUUUUGAACAAUUUAAUUUUUGACAAAUAUAUUUGAUAAAUGUAAAGUCUUGGUAAUUUAUUGCCAUUAUAUAAAAGUUUUAUUUAUUAUCGAAUGAGAAAACAGUCAUUUUUUGAUAAAAAAAUUUCAUAAUGAUUAUACUUACUAUAUAUCAAUGUUUACAUAACAACAAUUAAUAUUUUCGAAAUUUGUUGAUUCUAAAUAUCAUUUCUAUUAAUUAUGUUUAUCUAAUGGUGAUUGUUUAGGAAAAAUUGCAAAUUUUUCAAAAAUUUGAUGAAUAUUAUUUUUUCUAGUAAAUAUUAAAAAUCCCAGAGUUUAAAGUGGAUCCAAUAUUUGAUUCAACAUUCAUUAUAUUUAGAAUAAUUAUAUAUAGUCGAGUUCACAAGUUGAAAACAAUGAAAAAUUCUCAACAAACCAUUUUACAGUGCACAAAAAAUUGCAUUAUAUAACAUAAGACUAAACUCACAAUUUGGCAACGAUCUAAUUUAUUGAUUUAAAAAUUUUUCUUGUUAAAAUAGUUUUUUAAGGUCUAAAUAGGCUAAUUUCAUAAUAUGAGCUCAUUUUUGUAUCUUUGUAUCUUGUAGUAUAAAUUGUCAAAUAAGCGACUUUAUCUUCCGAAUCUAUUACUUGACCUAAAGAUCCCAUUUCUCCUGGUUUUAACUGUUUUUCAUCAUCUGUCACUUCUGAAGCUUGCGAUGCAUCGUGAGAAUCAAAACAUUCUCUGUUUUUUUUAUCAAAAGAUUCCUUUCCUCUGAUUUUAAUUGUUUUCAUCAUUGUUUCAUCAUCUGACACUUCUGGAGCUUGUGAUGCAUCGUCUGCAUCAAUCAGUUCCUCAACAUUUACAUCUAAAAAAUUGCUUGUUGCCUAAUGUAAUAGUACAAACUUUCUUCAUUUUCUCCCUCAUAUCCAAAGUCUGCCUUUAUAUGAGGAACUAAUGAAAGAAUAGACUCUAUUGAUGCAGAGGAUGCUCCAGAAGUGACAGGUGAUGAAACAGUGAUGAGGAACGGUCAUAAUCAGAGGAAUAUUUGGAUCAAAAACACAGGGAACGUUUUGAUGCAGAGGAUGCAUAAUAAGCUCCAGAAGUGUUAGAUGAUGAAACAAAGUUUCAGAAAAACAGUUAAAAUCUUGCUCUUGAAGUGAAAUUUUUGCUCUGAAAAAGAAAAUGGAUUUGAGAAGACAAAAAUGCUAAUAAAUUCGUAAUAUAAAAUUAAUACCAAAAUAAUGUAAUUUAAUUUGAGGUAAAUUAUAUUUGUUUUUUUAAAUUAUACUCGAUUGUUCGAAAUCAAUAUGCCACUUAGCAUAUCUUAGCCACCUUAAUAUUAUCUAGAGCCGAAAGAGCACUUUUAAUAAAUUAUUUUUUCAUAUUAAAUACUAGAUGGAAUCAAAACAUAUCCAUUUUUAAAAAUAUAAUAUUGUCUUGAUAUUUCAAUUGCUCUUUUGAUAAAUUCAUUGAGCUUAUUUAAAAUUCCCCAUUUAAAAACAUAUUUUUAUCAAACACAUGUUUUGUCUGAAAGCCAUCUUGUCCUGUGGUGUAUGGCUGUUUGUUUUAGGGGUCAUGCAAUAUACCUUUUUCUCCAUGCCUUUCUAUGUUUCUAUUUCUUAUUUUAUUAUCUUUAUCUCGGCAGAUUCUUUCACAAUUUCAAUCCAUGUUUUUCUUGGUAUUCAGAAAUUACAAUUUCUGGAAUCUUUGGUAAUAUUCAUACUGAAUACAUUAAGAUUUCAUCAACUCUCACAAUUACUGGUCUUUCGAGCCGGAUACCGAUUAGCAACCUUUGAAUAAAAUUGUGUAAUUCAAUAAACUAAUUGUUCCUUAAUGCUAAAUAGAUAUUUUACUAUUUCCAAUUGGAAAUGGUUAAUAUACGUGGUAUUUUAGAAAAAAUUUAACGUUUUUUUGAUUCCAUUUUAAAGUAUUUAUGUGAAAGUAGUGAAUAUUAGGUUCUAGAACUAAAAAAUAGAUGGCUUGUCUCCUUCCGAUAAUAAAAUCUUUCUAUUUCAUUUUGAAUUUUGAGAUAAUUUCUUCAGUUUUAUAAAUCAAAAAUAAUAGAUUCCUUAAAAUUUCCAUUUUGAAAAGCAUUAGCAAUUUUCUUUGGAGUCUUAAUAUUUUUAAUUUGCUUUUUAGCUUCUCAUGCUUCCAACUAUUUACCAAAGUAUUUCUUAAAUAUGAACAUUUUCUAAUAAGAUCUGCAAUUAGUUUUUAUAUAAUUAUACACGUUGCAUUUAUAAAUUUUUUGUCUUUCAAUUGAAACCAAUAAAAAAUUAAGCCGGGUAUACACGUUACGAUAAAUCGUAACGUUGUGAUUUUGAACGUUAUAUUAAAUCGAGAGUGUGAAUUGUUUACAUACAACGAUUUCUUCUUCAAUUUUCGUUAUUAACUCAACCAUGGAAGGAGUAUCUACUGCUGUGAUUUUUAUACAUAGUUUUUUUGGCAAGAAUAUUGCAGAAAAAAAAAAUAAAUUAGUAUUGAGCCCACAAAAAUGAAAAUUUUCUAUCAGAUAAUUCAUUAAACUGAAAAGAUAAUUUGAAAAAACUGCCUUGAUAUUAAACAUAUUAAUAUCUGUAACAAUUCACUUCAUAACUAUCAGCUUUUCAGCUAUGAUUCUUCUCCAAAUUGAUUUAUUUUAUUUCUUCAUUUUUUAAGCAUCUUUGUUAACCCAAAAGACAUAAAUAAUUUUUGAUAUGAAUAAUUUGAUUACCAAAACAAUUAGACUGAGCAAUAAACUAUAGAUUCAUUUGUAAACAAUGUUCAUAAAAAAUUUUGUUAUUUUGAUUUGGAAUCAUGAUUUCACUAUUUAAUAUCGUAUUACAAAAAAGGUAUUGGAUUGUUUGUGCUUUAAAGCAACAGUAACUUAAUCAGGAAAGCAAAACGUGAGCUAAAGACAAAUCCUCAUUGGAAGUACAGUGGAAGAAGAAAACUCUAGAUGAACUCAUUUUGGUAUAUUGUAAUUCAAUUGUUUUAAAUUUAUAUUUCUAUAUUCUGAAAAAAUUUUCCAUCGUCGUACUGUCAUUACUUUCGAAAAGAUCUGAUAUAUCAAAAAUGUCUCCAAUUGAAAGAUAAGAUUAAUAGAUUCACUGUGUAUAUACAAGUAUUUACAUGAAGUGUAUUCAUUAUAUUUUUUAUAUUUUAUGGUAUAGUAAACUUAUUUAUAUACCUAUAAUAUGGUAUCGUGUUGUAAUUAGUAAUACUGCCGUGUUAAUUCAAGUGGCAGUAACUGCUUCGAAAAAAUGGUUUUUUUCAGUUUUUUCUAUGCCAGCAAUUUAAGUCUAUAAAACAAGUUGAUUUUGUACAAAUCUCAAAAUCUGACAGAGUUACUAUCAUAGAUUCUUAUUUAGACCUGUGUAACAUGGAUAGUCACUUUGGUCACAGAAUCGAAAAUCGUUUUCGAAGGUUCCAAAAACAAUUUUAAUUGUCUUGGACUAAUCAGAUCUUAUAUUUUCAUCUUUUUGGGGAUAUAAGAAUGGAUGUAUAGCGUUCAUCGAACCAUUAAGACGAGCUAUGAUUAGAAUUAUAGAAAAUUCACAAAUGACAAAAAUUCAACAUCAAUAACCAGUAUAUUUUUACUACUUCGGUAUUGGAUAAUGACAUUUUAACUACAUCAAAAAAGUCGACAAAAUCGUAAAAUUUUGCUUUCAAUUUUGAGUGAAAACUUUAUCCAGCAUUCUGUUCUAUUCCGAACUAUUGUUCUACCAGAUAAUCACAUCAUGUGCUUUAUGCUAUACCAGAGUCACCGGAGAGAUUUUUGAACUUCCAAUAGUCACAAUGCUUCCAUUAAAUGACAAUAAAUCAGCAGUAUGGAUUCGUGAAUUGAUCUACUAUUACAUUUUUAACAAUAUAUCAAGAUUCAUUUGUAUGUUUUACAAAAUAUUCUUCAGGGGUCAUUCUUCAUGUCCAAAAGACUAGUCCUCACAAGUAAACAUUACAUAAAUAUCAAAUAAAACAUGUAUUAUAUGCUUACAUCAUUUUUUUGACUAUAAUUAUAAUUUUUAUUCAUAUUUUUGAAUAAUUUUCAUUCAAACAACACAUAAGAAUAAUCACCAGAAGUUUUAAGAACAAAAUAAUAAUUGAAGCUGGGAUCAGUGACAAAACUGACAAACACUUUUCUAGCAAUAACUGGAAAUAGAUCAAAAUUCUUACAGUUUACACAAAAAAACAACAACCAAAAUCUCAUUAUUGAUACAGUGUUGCAAUAGUAAAAGGUUAACCGUUGAUGUUGGGGAAGAUUGCAGAUACGUCAUUUUGUAUUUCCACGGCAGAAUAGUGGCCUAACACUAUUCCUAUUAUUAUUAUUUCUGAAAUAUAUAUAUUUGUCUAUUUUUUCUCCACUGGUUCUAACGUAACUCAUUAUAUUUUGUAUGAAGUCAUUUAUUUUAAUUCAUACUAUCUAGUAGCAAGUUUAAUUAUAUUCUUAUAAUCCGGUCAAAUUAGACCAAAGAAUAAGAGUGAAGCUACAUAAAUUCCCUCCAAGCUGAAAAUCAGUAGAAUUGUUUCAAAUAUAAUUAAAAAUGAAAUUUGAAAGUUUUUCAACGAUGGCUCGAAGGAAAAAAAGUAUUGAUACAUUUUUUUGGAUAAUUUUAUAAUCUCUAUUUUUGUCUUAAGGUAUUUUUAUGAUAAAACUUACCAUUUUGCUGAAAAUCGCGAAUAACUCAUUUUUUUUGACUUUUGACCUUGAGUAAAAUUUUCUCUUUACACGGGGAUGAUGGGAACUUUCAUUUUUAAUUAUAUUUCAAACAAUUUUAUUGAAUUUCAGCUUGUUGGGAAUUUUUACAGCUUCACUCUUAUCUUUUGGUAUAAUUUGACCGUACUAUUAUUUAUAAUUGUAUUUAGUAGAUCUAUUGACAAACUCUCUGUAAAAAAGUUACAAGGGUAAAUUGUAAAUAUUUUUGUAUGGAAAGUUUUUUUUAUUUUAUUUUUAUACUUAACACAAGUUAUACUGCAUUUUGAACUAUUAUUAAUUUGUUACAUUUCUAAAUUUUACAAUUUAAAUUUGUAAUUUUGUCAAAUUUCAAAGUAUAGAAAUUAUAAGUAAAAUAUAUGUAACUGAUUUUAUAUCAGAUGUGCUGUAAUAUGUACCAAAGUAAUAAAAGGAUUUUAUCAACUUUUUGGAUCCAUCGGCGAUAUUUUUAUGUCUACUAUCACUAUACCAAUACUAAUAAUUACCCUAUCUAGUCCUUUGAGCCUUCAUAUCCGGCUCGAAGGACCAGAUAGUAUAAUUGUGAGAGUUGAUGUAGUGGAUGGAUAGAAAUUAAUGUGUAUCUAAUUAUUAUUUAUUACAAGAUAUUCUAUUAACUUGAAAAUACAUACAAGUUAAAGCCUUCUUUCAAUUUUAUAUGCGGUCUUUUUUAAUGGUAGUUUCAUAAAAUUUCAGUAACCUAACCAACAUUUGUAUUCACCUAGCAAAUCAAUUCCUUUAUAAAAUUUAAAUACAUCAACAAAUCAUCUAUGUUUAGAUGGUUCACGACAAUGUUAUUUAUAUUGACUGAAUUGGUGACAUCUAUAGUUGUAAAAUUUUACUACUAAUUCCAUUUCCGUCACAUAAUACCAAUGAAUUUAAAUUUUAUUCAUAGUGCAAAAUAUUUUAAGGUAAUUCCUACAAGUAACUGGAUACAUGUUCAAAUUCAUUAAAACUAAAUUAUUAAAAAAAUAAUUUUUUUUGUAAUGUUUAAAAGUACCUACUUAUUUUCUUACUCAAGUGAAGUGAUAUGAUAAUUUUUUAAUUAAGAAAAUUUUUUAUUGAUAAGAUGCGAUUAAAACUUAACAUGUGAAAAAACUCGUGUCAUGUCUAGACAUUCUUCUUCCCCUUAUAAGUUGAUCUGCAUCUACAUGAUUACGAAGUUAUAGUUUUGGAGAGUCUCUAGUUUUCUAAUAUAUUCACAAAUUAUCAGUAAUAUUUUUUGCAGUCAAAACAUCAAUACUUCAUUUUUAGUUAAUAAUAUGAACAGGUACCCUUUUCUGAUAACCUUUGUGAUUACAGUCUGACAAAGACACAAUUUUAUCGUUUAUUUUAUUAAAUUUGACAAAGAAUUUUCAAUUUUAAUAAGUUAACAAUGGGAAUUGGUAACGUAAUAAAUUGUGGACACCAAUAAAUAGCGUAACAAGAUAAAUAAGAAUGGUAUCAAUUAAAGUAAAUAUAAGGGCUCUUUACUUCCAUUAAAUUUUAUUGUCACUCUACUUGCAAAUUGUAAAAAAAAUUUGAAAAUAUGAAUAAAAUGCACCUGCCUGCUUGUAAAAUCACGUCCAGUAUUUUUUAAAUAUUAUGGGGGGACAAUCUAUAGGCCUAUUCUCAAUUUUUAUACUGUACUGAGCUUUGAAUAGAAAAUAAAAAAAAAUAAUUAUA